GCCGCACCUGGCGGCGGGUCCUCGGCGUUCAGCCCUGAAACGGGUCCAGCCGGUAGCGAGCGGCGGAGGCCGGGCCAGAGGAGGAGGAGGAGAGAAGGUCGCGCCGGCCGGCGUGUUCGGCUCCCCGCUCCCGGUCCCCCCCGGCCCGCAUCCCUCCGCCGCGCCCCGCCUCGCCGCAGCCCCCGAGGAACCAGUGACCCGCCCGAGAUGGUCAGCGCCGUCGCGACAGCCGCCGCCCCGGCGCCCGGAGCCGCCGCCCCGCGCCCGGGGGAGAUGGCUCCCCGCGCCCCGCGCAGCUGAGCUCCCGCGGCCGCCGCCGCCCGCCCGCCGCAGAUCAACAACCAAAAUUUUGAAGGUCAUCAACUUUCUGAUGGUGGUGAUAAGCCAUGGCGACAGAUGAUAAAGUUGCCAUCUUAACCGAUGAUGAAGAGGAACAGAAGAGAAAAUAUGUGCUUGCCGAUCCUUUUAAUGGUAUUUCCAGGGAACCAGAACCACCUUCAAAUGAAACACCUUCCCCCUCUGAAACAGCUGCUAUUCCUGAGGAGGAAAUAGACUGGAUAGAGAAACAUUGCGUUAAAAUAAACAAUGAUCUUCUAAUUUCCAAGGUCUUUUAUUUUUUCUUUUACUCUGCAUAUGGCUCUCUUUACCCCCUUUUGCCUGUGUAUUAUAAGCAGCUGGGAAUGUCACCAAGCCAGAGUGGGCUGCUGGUAGGUAUUCGAUACUUCAUUGAAUUCUGCAGUGCCCCCUUUUGGGGUGUAGUUGCAGAUCGCUUUAAAAAAGGCAAAAUUGUCCUCCUCUUUUCCCUUAUGUGUUGGGUUUUAUUCAACCUGGGCAUCGGAUUUGUCAAACCUGCUACCUUGCGGUGUGUACCAAAGAUUCCUCCAAGAGCUCAUCCCACCAGUUCAAGCCACCUGUUCACUCUCCUGCCAACGAAUUCCUCCACUGUCUCUUCCAUUACCACAUCACCAGGAAUUCGUGAGAAAAGGAACCUGCCUCCUUACAAUGGGUCAGAGAUGUUAGAAGCAGGGCACAGUGUCAUGGAAACUGUCAUCUUCUCGACAGCUCCAGACAAGACCAGUGUGCCCACUCUGCAGCCUCAGACUGAUGAAAUUACUGACCAUGUUAUGAACUUGACCAUGAACCCAAGCACUGCAACCUCUGCCCCCCCAGGAAAUGCAACCUGGGAGACAACCACUUCUAUUGUCACUACCACCAAAUCUUUACCUUCUGACCAAGUCACUCUUGUUUAUGAUCAACAAGAAGUAGAAGCUAUAUUCUUGGUGAUCUUGGUAGUUGUCAUAAUAGGAGAAUUUUUCAGUGCCUCCUCUGUCACGAUUGUGGACACGGUAACACUCCAGUAUCUGGGAAAGCACAGAGACCGCUAUGGACUGCAACGCAUGUGGGGCUCCCUGGGCUGGGGCCUGGCGAUGCUGUCCGUGGGCAUUGGCAUUGACUACACCCACGUGGGCGUGCUCAUCAAUGGGAAGGGGUGUAAGCCCCCUGAAUACCGGAACUACCAGAUUGUCUUCAUCGUCUUUGGGGUUCUCAUGACCAUGGCCUUGAUCGUCGCUACUCAGUUCCGGUUCCGCUACAACCACUUCAAAAACAGUGAAAAUAAAGGGAAAGAGGUGGAGAUCCCGCAAGUAGAGAGGAACAGCUCCACAGAAUCCUCUGAGGAGACACCAACCGCCGCCAGCCACUCGCAGGCCUUCAACUUCUGGGACUUAAUCAGGCUGCUUUGCAGUGUGCAGUAUGGCUCCGUGUUGUUCGUGGCUUGGUUUAUGGGUUUCGGAUACGGCUUCGUGUUCACCUUUCUCUACUGGCAUUUGGAGGACCUGAAUGGAACGACAACUCUCUUCGGGGUCUGUUCAGUCCUGAGCCAUGUGUCCGAGCUGACAGCUUAUUUUUUCAGUCACAAGCUUAUUGAAUUGAUUGGCCACAUCAGGGUUCUGUACAUUGGCCUGGCCUGCAAUACGGCUCGCUAUAUUUAUAUUUCCUACCUGGAAAAUGCCUGGACUGUUCUCCCCAUGGAAGUUCUUCAAGGAGUGACACACGCGGCCAUCUGGGCAGCCUGCAUUUCUUAUCUCAGCGCCGCGGUUCCCCCAGAGCUGAGGACGUCUGCUCAGGGCAUCCUGCAGGGCCUUCAUCUGGGUUUGGGGAGAGGUUGUGGAGCCAUGAUCGGAGGCGUGUUAGUCAAUUAUUUUGGGGCUGCUGCAACCUUCCGAGGAAUCGGCAUGGCCUGCCUGGUGAUCCUCCUGCUCUUUGCCCUGAUCCAGUGGCUGGCAGUGCCAGAUGAGGAAGAAGACAAGACGAUGCUGGCAGAAAGGAUCCCUGUUCCUUCUAGUCCCGUUCCCAUAGCAACCAUCGACUUAGUCCAGCAACAGACAGAAGAUGUUCUGCCACGCGUUGAGCCCAGACUUCCACCCAAGAAAACCAAGCACCAGGAAGAACAGGAGGAUGUGAACAAGCCAGCCUGGGGGGUCAGCUCCUCUCCCUGGGUGACCUUUGUUUACGCGCUCUACCAAAUUAAAGAGAUGAUGCAGCUAACAAGAGACAACCGUGCUUCUGAGAUACAGCCUUUACAGGGGACCAGUGAGGAUCGGGAAACUUCUCCAACUGGUGGAGCCCGGCCUGGACCGUGUGAGGCUCCCUCUGACCCAUCGAGAAACCAGCCGUCCCCUCAAGCAGCAGCAUCUCAGACGCAGAGCAGCCCCGCUCACCCCGGUGGAGACCCGCGCAGGGAGGAGGCUGAGGACCAGCAGGCUCGGCCUGCCUCUGGGGGACACUGAGGGCUCCUGCUCGUCUCACACCCUGCAUGGAACUGGGCUCCUCUGCCAGCACAGAGGGCGCACCUCGAGGAGCAUAGCACCACAUACGCUGCUGAACACCUGAACUCAUCAACGCAGAAAUACACACACACACUCACACAUGUAGAAGCUACAGUACAUAUUGGCAGAAAUAGGUCAACUUUCGUAGUCCCACUGGAGUCACAGAAGGAAAAUGGAUCUCAGUGAGGAUGUUCAGUUCUUGGAUUGGUAGGUUAAGGACUACAGGCCUUCUCUGCCAGGGCAGUAAGCGUCGAAACCAGCAGUUACACUAAAUGCGUGGAGGGAAAGAAAAGUGUUUCAAGGUGAAUGCUGAUAUAAUUUCCCUCUUCUGAUUAUUUAUCCUAAUUAUUUGGUUCUUAAUGCAAACUGGGAAGAAACAGAAUACAUCAUCUAUAAUUUUGUUUCUCUUAAAGAGAACAAUUUUAAAAAAAAAUUUAAGACGUAUUUUAAAAGUAACCAGAUAAAAGUUAGUGGCAUCUAUGCUUUUGUUUAAAAAAAAAAAAAAAAAAAAAGGAAAAGGUUUCAUCAGAAACUUGGCAUAUCUCUAGCAAAUAUAUUUUUAUAUGGGUAUGGUGUAUAAUGAAAAUAGUCAAUUCUUUGAGUGGCAAAAGCUGUUACUGACUACUGCAAGCUAAGCUGAGCUUUAAAAUGCCUUUUGUUUUAAAUGGGCUUUAAGACCAGAGGAGGGAAUAUUUGAAAUAAACCAACCAACUUAGUAUCCUGUGGCUUGAUAGACAAGGGUUUACUAAAUAUAUUGAUACUGUAAAUAGCCUCUAUCACUAUUUACAACUUUAUAGUGAUUUGGGCUUUAAUUAGCUGAUGGACUAAAACAAACACACAGAAUCACUGAAUUCCUAAGGGUUUCUUUAAUUAAGCAGUACUACUUACAAAUAACAGUAUAAGAUUUAAGUGCCUGGGGAAGGGAUACAAUUUUUAAACAUUACGUACUGGUUCAGUUUUUUUCUUGUGUUUUUGGUGAGGGGAAAAGGUGGUGAAUAGGAAACCAGGAAUGGAAAAGACAGAAAUAAGAAGUAAGUACACUUUCCAAUGACUAAAGAAACACAUCUUAGUAUAUUCUUUCCCAUGAAGACACAGUCAGACACUGGACAGUUCAGAUACAGGCAUGCUACUGUAAAUAUUACAGCUACAGUCAGGACGAUGGCCGGGUGACUCAUGCAUAAAGCUUGCUGCUAAAAAUGAAAGCUGAGGUUAUAGGAAGCCUUGGGGGAGGGCUGUGGACAAGGGAACAUUGCUUUAGCUGAAGGAAGGUCAAUUAUAUAGUGUGUACAAUACUGUGGAUGAGCACAGGAGAGAGGAAAGAAAAGAACAGAGUUAAAAAUGAGCAACUCACCUUACUCUCUGACUAUGAUUAGGCAGGACCAAUUAUAAAGUGAGGGCUUCUCCACGAUACCAUACUUCUGCCCACAACUGCAUCUGGAAGAAGAAAGUCUACACUUGGAUAUCUAGCUUCACCACAGAACACAAAAUAACGGGAAGAAAUAGAAUUAAGCAAAUAGUUAUUUUUGCACUUGAACUGAAAUGUACUGUACUGUAAAUUAUCAUGACUCAUUUUAAGUGACCUUUAAAAAUCAGAUGUAUUUAUUAUGCUUAUGUAAUUAUAGAAAUAAAGAAAUGGGUGACAGGCUGAACCUCACCUAUGAAUGUACAGUAUGUGGAUUUGUGAAACUGACUGUAGGAAGUCAAAAAACUUCUACUGUGUCUUGUGUUUACAGUUCUGAUUUAUUCCUCUGAAAAGCCUGCUGUUUUGGAAAUGCACAGUUGACAUGUUGAAAUAAAAAUAAAUACCAUUUUUAAGUAUUUCUUAAAUGAUAAUGAUGUGACCAAACAAAUAAAAGUCCUUCACUCUGUAA